AUGGUCAUUAAGUUGCAGUUCCUGUGGCUUGUUGCCAGGCCCACAACUGCGAAUAGAAUACACAAGACCAUCACCUACUCAAUCCAUUCUGUUAUCAUGGCCGAACUGAGUGACCUUCCCGCUGAGUUGCUGCGUCUCGUGGCGAGUCAUAUUGAUGAUCAUUUUCAAUCUCUUAAACAGUUGCGCCUGGCAAGCCACAGCCUAUCUGCCGCUGCCACUCCAAGUCUUUUCCAGCGCCAUUACGUAUCACCGAGUCGCGACCCUCGAGUGAUGGGGAAUCUCACGAUCUGA